GAAGGACAAGUUAGGGCAAAAAGGAAGCAUGUUUUUAUUCAGUUUAAGAGACGUUUACAGUCAGAAAGUGACUAUUCGGGCAUUUUUUCUAUUUUAAAUCCUAAGUGUUCUUAAAUUAAAGUUGCUGCCGCUAUGAUUAAGUAAAUAUAACACUUCCUGCGUGUUGUAAGAAGAAAUGUAAGUUAGCCUCAGGUUAGCAUGUUAGCUGCAGAGUGGUUACUUCAUGUCUGUAAGACGGGCUCUGGUGGAUUGUGCUGUGUUGUCUCUGACAGAUGCCUGUGUGUUUUAUCCGAGUUGUAAAGGCUGCUUCUCAAGGAUUGAUGUUCAACAGGAGGACACGACGAGAUGCAGAUGCUCUAAGUGUGGUUACAGCUGUCUGAGGGAGCAGGUGGAGUACAGAUACCGCCUCUCACUGAGGGUGGUCCGGGACACCUGCAUUUUUGGGAUAACAGUAUUUGGAAGCUGCUUGGACCAAUUCUUUGGUAUUCAUGCGAGUGGUUUACAGAGGUUGGUGCAGAGCUUGGAUGGAGGAUCAACCAGAUCCACGUUGUUGGAUACGGCUGUGCAAGACUGCUUCAUUGGGAGGCAUUUCAUCUUUGGUAUUAAGGGAUCAGGAAGUGGACCUUGGUUGGGAGAGACUGCUGCAAAUGGCUCCAGCAGUAAAGCUCACUUCAUUGCCAGUCAGAUGAUUCUCCCCAACGCCGCAGGCCUCACAGGCUGCACAGUGGUCAGUUAUUAUCGGACCCUUCAUCAGAGAGUUGCUGAAUACAAGCGGGGUUCCUCUGAUCCCAGCAGAGCCUCUGGCCCCCCACCACCAACCCUGCUGCUGCUUCCCGAACAUUUACCAAGCAGCUUCAACAACACCACACUAUAUGUCUCAGGUCUUUUAUCCCAGUCAUCGCAAAAUUCACAGCAUCAGGAAGGCACCCUGAUUCCCACCCAUCCAUGGCGACAAUCCUUAGGACUAGUAACCUCUUCAGCAGAGCAGGAAGAGAGCUGCAAUACUCAGGAGGGCAGAGAGGAGAACAGCCGACAGACUGACAACAAAACACCACAGAGAGGCAGCUGGGGGUACCGUAGAGUCACAGAGGAGAGAGCGCCGUCACCUCUUCUUCCUUUAGAUUGCAGUUCUUCCAAAAGUCCAUCAUUUGUCAAAUCCCCCUCCUCAUCCAUUGAGAAAGCUGCUGGAAACACCCCUGUCAAGGAUACUUGGUUCAGUCCUCCCACACCUGGCCUAAACAGUUCCAAGACGAAGGAGAUUUCUGCUGGAGAUCUCACCAAAUCUUUUCUGUCGAGCUCCUUGGCUUGGGAGGAUCUGCCUUUCUCUGAGAGUCUUACAGAGUUUCUAAGUGAGGAAAACAAAGAUUGUGACAUUGUAAGUGAAACAGAGCCACAUUUAAACGUGCAAAAUCAGAAAGAAACAGCAAAAAACAACCUGGAAGUCAGUUCACCAACCGAGAAAGUACCACAUACAUCACCCUCUGUUUGUCAAAGGAACAAGCAGAUAACAGAAAGCAACUCACGGACGUUACUGGAUAUUACAAAAACACCUGCACUGAAUGAAGGGGAUUUAUCCAACCAGGUUUAUAAGAACAUUUCUGGAUGUGCAAACGAGAUUCAAAUCAGAAACAUUUGUUCCCCUGAGUGUUAUCAGGAGGAUGACAAAGGUAGUUUUCUAUCUUUUAAUGAAGAGCAGCUUGAAGUGGACUUCUAUAAUUGUUCAGCAGACCUGUUCAGCAGCAGCUCCCUCAUAAACAACACAAACCAAAUCAACACACAUGCAGAAACAGACUGGAUGACAACAGAAGCGUGCCCGCUGCUAUCCAAACCAAACAAACUGCACCUGAUGAGUGACAAGGAUACGAAUUCCUCACUAGACAAAGAUACACUUGAAACUAGAAAAUGCAAUAACAGAGACAGUUUAAUUCCAGGCUCACAAGACUUUGACUUCAUCCCUCCCUCUCAGUCCACCCCCAUUGUAAAAUCAGCUGUUGUGAACGGGUCAUUUUGUAAAUUCAGUCCUGAUGCUUUUCACCAAAAUCAGCCUGAAUUGGGCAGUAUAAAGACACCUAGUACCCCCUCUUCUCUGUGUAAAUCAUACAGGUCUAAGCAGCUGUCACAGUGGGGCAGAAAGUCUACAAAAGGAAACGUGGUGUUGAGUUCGACAUCCAGCAGACAGAGCAGCCGAUUCACCCCAAAAAGGAGGUUUUGGAAAGCAGAAAAGCAGAAAAAACUACCGGCUCAGCAGCAUCGUGGUUUCCAGAGCAACAACCGCUCAAGUGAUUGUGAUCUGACAGACAACGAAGUGAUUGUUCCUCCGACUCCCGCUGCUGAAACCCAGCUGAGUGUGAAGCUCAGGAGGAGACUGCAGACUGAAAUCAGCAGCGGUGGUUUGGGAUAUUCUUGCAAAAGGAAGCAGGGAAAUAAGAUGAAUUGUAAAAGGACUCUGUUGGAUCAAAAUCUGACAGUGUCACAGAGAAGUUUUGCACCAACAGGAAAUUGUGAGACUGAUGAGGGGAGUCUGGAUCGAUCUAACUGUGACUCCCCUGAUGAGAACGAGGCCUGUGAUUGGUCUAGAGAUCUGUUUUCUGACUCUGUCUGAGAUGUGCUGUGGCAGAAGGCCUUUGCAAAUCGAUUAUAGAAUGAAUUGAUCUUUUAAAUGUUCUUAAGCUGGUAUACCAAAGAUCUAAGAAUAGACCUAUUUUAAAUAGAGAAGCUAGGAGAGAGGCUGUUGAAGACUCUACAGGAGAACCCAUACCUGUCCCACCUCUUGCUUAAUGCACUUUAUCUUUGAAGUGAGUUUUAACACUAAAAUGAUCAUCUUAUAUAAUUUAUAUACCUUGCUUUACAUUCCAGGAUUUCCAUAAAUGAACAGUUUAAAACCCAAAAAUCAAGGAUGCUCAGUGUCUUAUUACAUAUCUACAUAUUCAAGAGGUUAUAAACAGCAUUUUCUCCCAUUUAGGUAAAAAAAUGACUGCAAAAUAGUUUAUUAAUAGAUGAUUAUUGUUAUUGUUAUAGCUAGUGUUCUUAAUAAUAAUCUGGAAAUGAUACUUAAUUAAAAUGAUUGAGUAAAUAUAGAAGAAGAAUGUCACAUACAUGCACACAGCAGAGCACACACAGUGAAAUUGGUCCUCUGCAUUUAACCCAUCCUAGUACUAGGAGCAGUGGGCAGCUACCGUGCAGCGCCCAGGGAGCAAUGGGGA